AUGAACUCUUGGGAAGAGGAAGCCCCCUCAAUUCAGUUUACUCCUGCCUUUGUGUAUUAUUUAAUACACCAUUAUAAUGUUGAAAAGAGGGUUUUGAGAUUUUGCUUCAUUUGGCCACAUCAAAAGCUGAUUUGUGACAUUAAAAAAUAUCACCUAACAUCUUCCUCAGGCAUGUCAACACUAAAUUGCCUGAAUCCAGUUAACAGGCAAUGUAAGGUAAAAGGUUAUUUACAUGCUCUAUAUAUGUAUCUUUGUGGGGGAGAUUUCACAUGUGACAUGCUUAUUUUCUGUAUUGAGAAAGCCACACUGCAGAAAUUGACCUUAAAGCACUGCUUUCAAAAAAUACAAAACCAAAAAAACCUGAACACCUGUUUCAGAGUUCUGAAGCAAGCUGAAAUAAAAAUGUAA